CUCCUAUCCAUCCACACCUGCUACCGUUAAUCUCCUAGACCGUUCGCUGUGUUUAACACCUUCUAUUGCAUAUUCUCACAAUGUCUCUCCUCCGCAACGUCAAGAACCUUGCCCCCCUCCUGGACCGCGUCCUCGUCCAGCGCGUGAAGCCCGAGGCCAAGACCGCCUCUGGUAUCUUCCUCCCUGAGAGCAGCGUCAAGGAGCAGAACGAGGCCAAGGUCCUCGCUGUCGGUCCUGGUGCUGUUGACCGCAAUGGCCAGCGCAUCCCCAUGGGUGUUGCUGCUGGUGACCGUGUCUUGGUCCCUCAGUUCGGAGGUAGCCCCCUCAAGAUUGGUGAGGAAGAGUACCACCUCUUCCGGGACUCUGAGAUUCUUGCAAAGAUCAACGAAUAGAGGAGACCAUGAAAUUAACUGACUCGGGGUCUUCACAUUCGUUUCGUUCCACUCGGACGAAAAUGUCCGAGUCCUUGUAUUAUACUGUUUGACAAAAUCAUGAUCUCAACGUUCGCAAUUCCUCUUCAACCCUAGAAAAGGAGCCUGGAUGAUGACAGGAACUCAUCCCUUUUCUAUAAUAUUCUUGGGAUAUUGUUUUGCAUCUAUUGCCGAAAGCGUGAAAUGACUGUUUUGCAUACCACUUGAUGUACUCUAAAUCUGGCUCAUGUCCGUGAGACAUGGCCGAGCAUAAAUAAUAACACUCGAUAUCUCCUCUCACA